UCCGUUGAGUUGGCAGCAGAAUGGACCUUUUACAGGUACGGUUGUCGCGAGUCCAAAUCGCCGGGCUGCUUCUUUUGCUUUGCGCCUUCAGCUCGCCGAGCGCCGAGCAACAGCCCGUCGACCGGCGCCCAAAUCGGUCAUAGGUCGUGCUGCUGCGGGCCGGACGGAUCCCGCAUCGAUCUCAUCACCCCUACUACCCUUUUCUCCGUUCCCUCUUCCCUUCUGCCCUCCGGCCGGCGAUUCCCGCCUCUCCUCUCUCUUCCCUUCUCACCCGGCGGUCCGGAACUCCAAUCGCGGCCGCCGGCCUUUUGAUUUCUGGCGAAUUUGUCUCUCCGGACAUGCGUGGUAUGAAAAGAUGAUAUUACAUGUUAUUGUGGAAGUCAUUAUUGGAUUUUGAAAGUUGUUGCUAAAUACAAAGUAUCUUAAGGCAUCAAAGACAACAAAGAAAUGUUCUCGUUGUUCUAUGGACUCUGGAAAUAUCUUUUCACCAAGACAGAGUACCAUAUUCUUGUUCUUGGAAUUGACAAAGCUGGAAAAACUACUUUGCUAGAGAAGUUAAAGUCAUUGUAUUCAAACUUGGAAGGGCUCCCACCUGACCGGAUUGUUCCAACAGUUGGACUGAACAUUGGUCGUAUUGAAGCUUCAAAUGCAAAACUUGUCUUUUGGGACUUAGGAGGUCAGAUUGGUCUGCGAACAAUUUGGGAAAAAUAUUAUGAGGAGGCACAUGCUAUAAUCUAUGUGAUUGAUGCUACUUGUCCGUCGUUAUUUGAAGAUUCUAAAUCUGCACUAGAAAAAGUACUUCGACAUGGGGAUUUACAAGGGGCACCACUUCUAAUACUAGCCAACAAGCAGUGGCAGGAUCUUCCUGGAGCUGUGUCUGCUGAAGAACUGGCUAGAUAUUUGGAUCUCAAAGAGUUGGAUGGAAGGCUAUGCAUGUUUGAAGCUGUAUCUGCAUAUGAUGGGAUGGGGAUUAAAUUUGCCAUUGACCGGUUAGUGGAGGUCAUUGAAAGAAGUAAGCGCACUGAGUCGUUAAGAACGCGUGCAGGUGCAGCUGGGCAUCUUUAGCAACAUCCUUUCCGAUCAAGAAAUGUCUAGCAACAUCCUUGCCCCAAUUGAUGUUAGAGAUCAUCCAAAGCAUUUUCUGCAGAGAUGGUGUGUAUUGAUCCAGAGGUGUUAUGUAUGCAAGCAGACUGCAUUCAGUUGGGUUCACUUUAAAGUUCUGGUCAUUCACAUUACGGUGUUCCUAUACAGUUUCAAAGUUUAUCUUGUGUAGCCUGAUGUACCAGAUGGAGUGAUGAUUCUCCAACCAUUUUGCCAUGUGGCAUGUAUUUUGUUUGGCCUAGUUAUAUCUGACAGCAAUUGAAUAGCAUCGAUACACAAUAAAGCCAACAGGAAUGCAAAGUUGCCUCAAAGAUUUUUGAAGGAUGUGAAUUCUUCAGUUUUAA